AUGAACACGGAGUUUUUGGUGAGUUUCCUUUAAAAUUUGAAAAUUGUGGAAAAUAUUAUGUUACUUUUCCAGGAGCUUUUGGGGAAGCUCGACCCUGGUUUCAUUCAACAAUUUUUUGGUCAGGGAACAACUCAGCCAGCCGUGAAAAAUGAGGAGCAGAAAAUUGAGGUGCGUUGGGAUUUUUUUUUCGAAAAACUGGAAAUUCCACGCCGAAUCUCUAAAAUUUGCGAGAUUUUUCUGAGAAUUUCAGUACUUUGGUUAAAAAUUGAUACUUUAAUUUCCAGCCAAAAAAUUCUGAAAUAUUCCAGGAACUUCUCUCAAAUCUCCCUCCAACAAUUCUUCAACAAUUUCUUCAAAAACAAGAAGUUCGUCUAAAUCCUCUGCCUUCAUCUUCAACUUCAUUCAAAUCACAACAAAAUCCAAAUUUUGAAAUGGGCUCAAUUUGCACCGAUGAUUUCUACUAUCCAACUCAUUUUCUGCGCGGAACUAAACUCGAAUUAUCAGAUGGUUCAAUUAAAAAAGUCGAAGAUCUAUCAUCAGAUGAUUUUUUGAAAUGUGCUGUAGAAUCGAAAGAUGUUAAUGUGACUGCAUCGAUUAUUAAAGAUAUUGUGAAACCUGAGAAAAAUCGAGCGACUUCUACGAUUUUAUUUGAAACUAGUGGAAAUUUGGGCAAAAAUUGUAUGUUUUAAACUUAGCUCAAAGGAUCCAUACUUUUGAGAUUGGUCUCGCCGCGUUUGUUUUAAAUUAGCAUGCGCCUUUGAAAUACUGCUCCUUUAAAAUUAGACCCCACUAUUUCUAAAGCUUAUUUUUCAGACGUUGUAGAACUGCUUGUCCAAAAUGAACACCCAUUUUUUGUGUUGGGAAAAGGAUGGGCGAGUUGUGACGUCAGAAAGACGGCAGAAAAUUAUGGAUUACAAGCCGGAAAAUUGGAGGUGAGCUUGAAAAUUUGAACCUAAUGUGAAUUCAGAAUUUCCAGAUCGGCGAUGUUUGCAUUGUUCUAACUCGACACGAAGAUUCCGAGAAUGAUGAUGAAAUUGUGGAUAUUAUAACUGCUCAAAGGGAUUUAGAGGAAUAUAGUCGAAAAGCGGCGUGGAGAGAACAAAUUUUGCCGAUUUAUCGAGAGGUAAACAUGGAUUUUUGGUGGGAAAUUUACACGAAUCGGAAAAAAUUGACCAAGAUAAAUUUAAAAAUGAGUUUUCUAAAUUGCCACGUCGAAUGAUGAUGAAAUUGUGAAUUUCACGUGAAAUAAAAUUUAAUUCAGAAAAAAUCGCGUCUCCUCAAUUUUUUUAAAUUUUUGUUCAUUCAUUUUUUUUCUCUCAAAAUCUUUCUCCUCUUUUUCAAGCUGAAAAAAAUCAAUGAAAAAAUUCUCCUAGCAACCUGAAAAUCUUCAUCAAAAAUGUUUUUCUUCUCAAUUAAAAUGUUUUCCAGCUAUCCUCAAUAAAUGGCCGUCGUUCAGCUCCUCCUUCAAGUUUCUCCACAAAAAAUCAACCAAGGAAACGAAAAUUCAGUGAAAAUCAAUAA